UCAAGUACAUGCCUCACUGUGUACACCAGGACUGAACGGCAGGUUGACUAGCUAAAACCAGAAGCAAAGAAGAUAACCCAGCCACAAAUCACACAGUGAAGGAGUCAAGGAAAUGAGAAAUAUUGGGUUUGAAAAAAGAACGGAUUUUGUUUGAAGAAACUUUCUUCAAGAAGAAGACAUUUAUGACGAAAACCAAGGACACACUAUGGAUUAUAAAUUUGCUGAAGAAGUGAUGCUGUGAUAUCGGUGUCAAACAACUGUGAGCAUCUUGGAACCUGUGGGUUGGAAAGAAAUAACAACUUCCUGUGCCAAGAACAAGGCAGCUAAUCACAUUAUCCGCUACACCAAACGAGGUAAACCGAUGUGGUCUGCUUAUGUAAAUGCACUUUGACUAGAAUAACGCAACAUUUUCUAAGCAUUUGAUGCUUCUGACACUAGAGAUAUUCAUAUGUUGGAUGUGUAUAUUCCUUCAUGGAUUUUAAUGUUUUGGUUCUCAGACCAAUAAGAGCAACAAAGGACAUUGAGUGAAGUGAACGCUAAACUUUACUCAUCAUAAACUGAAGAUGAACAUUUCACAAACAAACUGCACAAAAGAUGAAUUCAAAUACGUCUUGUAUAGCACAGUUUUCAGUAUAGUCUUCAUUCUGGGGUUGGUCUUCAAUGUAGUGGCCUUGUACAUUUUCCUAUGCAGACUAAAAGUGCGCAAUGAGACCACAACCUAUAUGCUUAACCUCAUCGUGUCAGACACGCUCUUUGUCCUCAGUCUACCAUUCAGGACGUUUUACUUCCUUAACAGAACGUGGCCUUUUGGACAUGCUUUCUGCAAAAUCUCAGUGGCCUUGUUCUACACCAACAUGUACGGCAGCAUCCUCUUCCUGACGUGCAUCAGCGUGGAUCGCUUCCUGGCUAUCGUUUACCCGUUCGCAUCCAGGACUCUGAGGACCAAACGUAAUGCGAGAAUAGCCUGUUGUGUGGUCUGGAUAGUUCUGCUAUCAGGCGGCUUACCCACAGGCUUUUUGAUGGACACUACAUCGGACAAUGAUGGAAAGUACUGCUUCGAAAAGUUUUCAAACUCGCAGUGGGUGUCCAAGGUCUCUAAAGUGGUGGUCUUUAUGGAGACUGUGGGCUUCUUGAUUCCGCUCAUGAUCAACUUCAUCUGCUCCAUGAAGGUCCUGCAGACCCUACGGGACCCGGAGAGCCUCAACCGGGGUGGGCAACUCAACAAAGCCAAGAUCUUGCGCAUGAUCGUGGUGCACUUGCUCAUUUUCUGUUUUUGCUUCAUCCCGUUCAAUGUAAACCUGGUGUUCUACACGCUGGUGCGAAGUCAGGUUAUUACAAACUGCAUCGUGGAGUCGGUGGUCCGGACUAUUUAUCCAAUCGCAUUCUGCAUAGCGGUGACAAACUGCUGCUUCGACCCCGUGAUCUAUUACUUCACCUCGGAAACCAUCCAGAACUCCAUUAAACGCAAACCCAAAUCCGUCCAUGCAAACACACUGACCAAUACAAAUGACAAUGUAGAUAAUUUGACAAAUGACUCUAAAAAUAAAACCUCAUCAUUACAAGAUAAAUUUAUCCGCGAUGAGUCUUCAGUGUGACUGAAGCCAAGGUGGCAAAUCUCAGACAGGAAAAAUUAUACACCACUAGCAGAAGCUGAUGUGCUAAGGAUGUUCUCUGUUACCUAGUAAUGACUUCUUCAGAACACAAAGAUAUUUUGGACGCAUACAACUGAAUUUGAAUUCACAAAUAUGUUUUUAGUGUUAUUGUUCUUGGCUGCUCUAUGAUGGUGUUUACAAUAUUUACUGUAACGUCUGACCGAUCUUAAUUAUUAAAUGUGAUGUAUAUUACAUAUAACUUGAAUUGGUAAGAAAUGUGACUUUCAGUGUUAAACAGUUUUAUUAAAAGUAGAUUAUAUGUCGCCGCUGUCAUUCUGAAACCUUGAAUCUCCACAUUUGCUUGUUUCAGGAAACUGAACAAACACUGCACUUUUAAAUGAUUACAUCCUGUGCAUUGGUAAGAUAUUUGCAAAACCCAUUGACAAACAUAAAUGGUGACUAAUAAUAAUGAUUUACGACAAAUAAAAAAACAUGAAAUAUGACGAUACAUGGAUUCAGACGGACAGCAGCGAUGUGUAAAGGUGCUCAUACGUUUUUUUUACAUUAGAAAUGUCAAACCUUUGUGAGUUUUCCAUUUUUUGCCUAUCCAUAUUGUUGUAGAUAUACAGUUUUAUUCACUAUUAAACUGGCAAUAAAACAUCUGGUUUGUUAAGUAAA